CGGUGGCGGGAGACUGCGCUCGGCUACCGGCUCCUCCUGCUCCAGGGAAGCCUCGUCCUCCGUUAGGAAACCACUGCAUUUGGCCGUCUCGUCGCCUUUGAACAUGGUGCGGACCAGAGCAGACAGUGUCCCCGGCACUUACCGAAAAGUGGUGGCUUCUCGAGCCCCCAGGAAGGUGCUGGGUUCCUCCACUUCUGUCCUUAAUUCUCCUUCGGUUUCCUCCAGGAAAGCUGAAAAUAAAUAUGCAGGAGGCAAUCCAGUUUGUGUACGUCCAACCCCUAAGUGGCAAAAGGGAAUUGGAGAAUUCUUUAGGCUGUCUCCUAAAGAUUCCGGAAAAGAAAAUCAAAUUCCUGAAGAACCAGGAUGCAGCGGCUUAGGAAAAAAGAAGAGAAAAGCGUGUCCUUUACAACCUGAUCACAGAGAUGAUGAAAAAGAAUAAACUUUCUUCCUCAUCUUUGAAUAAUGUUUCCAGUUUACUUUUGUAUUUUAGGAUGUAAAUUUGGAUAUAUGUGUUCAAUUGGCUUGUUGAAUGGUCAUUUUUAAAAAGGAGGCUUAAAUGUUGUAUUCAAAUGCAACUAGUUAUAAAAAUGAAGAAUUUCUAAAUUAUGGUUACAUACUUUAAUAUUCAAUGUGAUAUGUUGCUAAUUUACCUGUUAUGGUUAUUCCUGAUUAAAAAUUAAUCCAAUAUAUUGUAA